UAAAGCCGUCUCUUCCUCUAACUAACUUCUCACCUUCCCGGGCGUGGCCCUCACUUCUCUUAAAAAACUUCACCCCUGUUCUCCUUAUAAAAGCGGUAGCUUGAUCAUCUUGUCUGCACAUUCCUUGUAUCUUUCUGCUAAAAACGGCAUGUCCUCAACGGCGGCAAUGAGAUCCAUCCGUUUUCCGGCGGUUCCUCGAAACUCCUUGCCACCGGAGCCCGUUUUCCCCAGAUGGAGAAGAAAAGUAGACGUAGCCGUCCCCUCUACUGCUUGGAGAGAAAAUGCGAUUCUGAAAUCAAGCCCUCAAGAAUACAAUUCGAAAUCAAUUGAAAAGAAGUUAAAAGAAGUCGAAUUGGACACGAAAAUCCCGGAGCCUGGGAAAGAAUCAGUCCCCGAGCUCUCUGAAAGAGGACGAGAAAUAUGGAAAAUGAUCGAAGAGGUGAAAGCAAUGCUGAGCUCAAUGGGCGAUGGAGAAAUCACUUCAUCGGCGUAUGAUACGGCAUGGGUUGCCAUGGUGCCGGACCUCAUAGGCGGCGGCGGGCCUCAGUUCCCCUCUAGUCUGCAGUGGAUAAUCGACAACCAGCUCGAGGACGGUUCUUGGGGCAACCAGGUCCUUUUCUCCGCUUAUGACCGAAUAAUCAGCACGCUAGCCUGCGCCGUCGCGCUUCGCUUCUGGAGCGUUUGUCUUGAUCAAUGCCAGAAAGGAUUGUUAUUCUUGAAAGAGAAUAUGUGGAGGCUUGCUGAAGAGAAUGAGGAGCUGAUGCCUAUAGCAUUCGAGGUCGCAUUGCCUUCCUUAAUCGACCUAGCUAAGGGUUUGGGUCUGGAUUGUCCUUAUGACCACCCUGCGUUGCAGUACGUGUAUGCGAAGAGGGAGAUAAAGCUGGAGAGGAUUCCGAGGGAGUUGAUGCAUAAAGUGCCAACGACUCUGCUCCAUAGCUUGGAAGGCAUGCCCGGCUUGGAAUGGCAAAGCCUGCUGAGGCUACAGAGCUCGGAUGGCUCCUUUCUGUUUUCGCCAUCUUCAACCGCCUAUGCUUUCAUGCAGACAGGCAACGAAAACUGUCUUAGUUAUCUCAAGAAAGUAGUAGAAAGGUUUCAUGGGGGAGUGCCAAAUGUGUACCCAGUGGACAUAUUCGAGCAUCUAUGGGUGGUUGACAGGCUGCAGAGGCUCGGCAUUUCGCGUUAUUUUGAGGCAGAGAUCAGACAGUGCAUGGAAUACGUCUUCAAAUAUUGGAGCGAACAUGGGAUGUGUUGGGCGAGGAACUCAGAAGUGCGUGAUAUUGAUGACACGGCCAUGGGUUUUCGGCUCCUGCGACUCCAUGGAUACAGCGUCUCCCCUGAUGUGUUCCGUAAUUUCAAGAGGGACGACAAGUUCUUCGGCUUCAUCGGGCAGUCGACUCAGGCGGUGACCGGAAUGUACAACCUAAACAGGGCGUCUCAGCUCAUCUUCUCCGGCGAGGAGAUACUCAACCAAGCCAAAAACUUCUCCUACCAAUUCCUAAGGGAGAAGCAGGCUUCCAACCUCCUCCUCGACAAAUGGGUUAUUUCCAAAGAUUUGCCUGGCGAGGUGGCAUAUGCUUUGGAUUUCCCUUUCUACGCAAGUUUGCCUCGUGUAGAGAGCAGGUGGUACAUAGAGCAGUAUGGGGGCGAUGAUGACGUUUGGAUUGGAAAGUCGCUCUACAGGAUGUUGUACGUGAACAACGCGGUGUAUUUGGAGCUUGCCAAGGCUGAUUUCAACCAAUGUCAGGCCAUCCAUAAGCUCGAGUGGCUCAGCUUGCAAAGGUGGUUUGAGGCGUGCGUGCGGAAAGAGUAUGGGAUGCGGCAGAAGAACGUGUUGAGGGCCUACUUCUUGGCCUCCGCAUCUAAAUUUGAACCGGACCGUUCAGCCGAGCGCCUCUGUUGGGCCGGAACUGCCGCGCUGGCUCAGGCCGUCGUCGUCUCCUAUAAUGAUUCCUCCGCCACCAAUAAGGUGGAGCAUUGCUCGACCCGACCCGACCCGGACCAUCAAUGCCGGUCGAAGCAGACGGCGGAAGAGUUGGUGGGCCACAUUCUGAUGCUGCUCGACAGGCCUUUGUUGCUGAGGGUGCCGGCCCAAACAUUCCGCCACCAUCUCCGACGAGCUUGGGAGGAGUGGCUGGUGAAAUUGGAAGAGGGAGAGAGCAGAGGUGAGACUGCCUUAUUAUUAGUUCGGUCGAUCGAGCUUUGUGCUGGUCGGACCGAACCGGAGGGUGGAGCUGCCCGGCUAGAGUACGACAAACUCGUCCGGCUCACCAUUUCAAUUUGCGGGCGCUUGCCCGUUCAUGAGGGCAACAAGAUAAGAAUUGCAGACGACAGCCAUCUAGAAUCAGACAUGCAACAACUGAUAAAAUGUGUGCUACAGCCUGAGAGUCCCGAUGGCCUCAGCGGCCCAACAAAGCAAACUUUUCUGGCUGUCAUCAAGAGCAUUUACUACUUGGCUUGGUGUCCUCCCGCCGCACUCGACGACCACAUUACAAAGGUGCUUUUUGAGCGUGUGGGUUGAUAGCCUAACCUUAGCAAAAGAGAAGUAAACGUUGACCUCAGAGGGGGUGGAUUUGGAAUUGGAGAAGAAGCUUUUUGGAGAAAUUUUUUGGUGCAGAUAAUACAAUUAUAGAAAUGUUUGGUAUCCACUCUACAGCAUGUUUUGUGCAUGUUCAAUGUCAUCAUGUCAUGGUUGCUGCAAAAUAUUUUUGCAUAUUUGUUUAUAUUCGAAUUGAUCCAGAAAGUAUAUAUUUAUGCUAA